CCUUCUCAGGGAGUGAAAGGCCCCACAGGGGCAGGAAGCAGGUGUCAUAGAGAUGCAAAUGCACAGAGAAAGGGCCGAGGAGGGGCAGGCAAAGCUGAACUAAUGGGAUCUUAAUGUCCCGGGGAGACUGGGGAGGACACACACAGGGGUGAGAGCAGUAGGCAGAGCUGGGGGACACAGAUAGACAGACAGAGAGAGACUCUGUAUAUACUGUAUGGGCAGCAACUGGGGAAACUAACUAGCAGAAGGAAAGAGAAGCCACAAAGCAGAGACUCUGGCUUGGGGGUGAGAGUCAAAAAUUGGGGGUAAGAAGUGGGGGCAGAAAGUGAAAAGUGUGGGGGAAAUAGGAUAGAAGAGCAGGCAAAUCCAGGCACAAGGGUAGAAAGUCCAGUUAGGGAGGAGGGAGACAUCAGGAAAGGAAAUUACUGAAGGAAUAAGCCGCCCGGAUCGGACCCUCGCACACCCAAUCACCCACCUGUUGGAAAAUGGAGAGUUCCUCCGGCCUAAUUAACCCUUUGACAUCUACAGCCCUUCUGGUGAUGGCCACCUCCUCCAAUGGUGCCCUUGGUGUCUCCCAACAGCCUCCCCUUUAUACCGUCCCAAUGUCUAUCGAUAAGCCCCCUCAGAUUUCCUAUCUGAGCCCAGGCUACCCUCUACUUUACCCAUCCCAGGAGCACCUGAAUUCUGCCUGCCCACCCCAGCUUCUUCCUCUGCCCCCUCAGUAUGGACACCCCCGGCUGGAACGGGCUGGCGUUGGCGUUUUGGGGUACGGGGCACUGCACCCCUUCGGUGCCUUUCACCUUGCAGAAGGAAUGGACAGGCUCCAAGCAGGGUAUCUGAACCCAAAGAGGCUGAAGGGAGAUAGUGACCCUUCUCAGAUCCGGUAUGUGCCUAUGGACACAGGGAUGGAAGGCCAACAUAUCCAGGGGGCGUCAGGAGUCACCCCAACAUCUCACAGGAGCUCCCCGAAACCCAGGACAAGCUCCAGCAAAAGAGAUAAGAAGUCGGCCGUGUCGUUGCCUCUCCAUUGUCCCCUCUGCCAAAAAUAUCUCCAGAAAGAAGAGCUAUCACAUCACCUGCAGCAAGAGAUGGAUAUUCUGACCCAGCAGGCAGACAGUGAAUCGGACUGCCCAUCAGAGGCCACUCAGAACCUCACACAGUCACCAAAGCAAGGAGAAGAUUCGGCCAGCGAGUCGCCAUUGACAAUCUCUGAGGACGGUCAGAAACUGGACAGGCAACAGAUUUACCAGCAGAUUAAGUGGAAUCGAGAGGAACGUCUGGGAGCACGAGCAGGACGGUGUAAGAGGGUCCGAGUCACCAAUGGGGAGAUGGAGGGGUCACCAUCUGUAAGAAAUGGUGAUGCUUCCGAUGGGAACCACUGGGAGGAAGAGAUUCGGAGCUCCGAGAAAUCCAUGUCAGCUGAUACAGAAUUCCGAGGGUCCCCGGCAAGCAGCUGUGCCACUCAGAGUGAAGAAUCAGAUACAGAAGAGGGCUCAUCCUGCACCACAUCCAAUGAGAAAUGCCUGAAAACUCUGAGAGACAAAAUCCAGGAACUGACAGAGAAGCUAAAAAACACUCACACGUGCCACAUCUGCUUGGAUUCAUAUAACAUUCCUGUUGCCUCCAUUCAGUGUUGGCACAUUCACUGUGAGGGCUGUUGGCUUCGAGCACUGGGAACAAAGAAGCUUUGCCCUCAGUGCAACACAAUAACCUCACCUUGUGACCUACGCAGAGUAUACCUGUGACCUGCAAAGACUUACCCAAGCACAGGAUUUCACAGAUCUAAAGCCCAUUGUGGAAUGUUACAAAUGGAGAGUUCCUGGCUGGCUCCCCCUAGAGGACAUCCUUGACUUUGUAACCUUAAAGAACUUUUUUGGUUGCUUCACUGCAAAAAGAGGAUUUCUCGUUCUCCAUUACAUUUCAAUCUCUCAUAAGAGGGUGCCUGACCCUCAAGAACAGGGGUCCCCAACCUUUCUUAGUCCUGAGCAACAGUCAAAUGUAAAAAGACUUGGGGAGCAACACAAGCACCAUAAAAGUAAUGAAGGUGCCAAAUAAGGGCUGUGAUUGGCUAUUAGGGGCCUCUAUGCACACUAUCAGCUUACAGGGGCUUUAUUUGGUAGGAAAUCUUGUUUUUAUUCAACCAAAACUUGCCCCCAAGUCAGGAAUUCAAAAAUAACUCCCUGGUUUGGGGGCACUGAGAGCAACACCCAAGGGGGUGGUGAGCAACAUGUUGCCCCCGAGCCACUGGUUGGGUAUCACUGCUCAAGAACAUAUCUGGCUACAACUCCCUUCCAAAAGGACACAGGGAGUUAAUUAUACAGGGACAAACACAAUAUUUUCCUGCCAACUUCAAAUUUUUUUCAAGGGGAGGUCAUCUGAAAUCUGACAUGGGACUUAUCCAUUGGGCUUGCCAACUAAGAACUAUGUCUUGUACCCUCUUCCUUGGUAUCAACAUGCAAAGGAACACCAUCCACUCAUCGUAAAGUAUUAGCCUUAAACAAAGAAGUUACUCUCAGACAUUUUGCUAUACAUCAGCCUGCAUUAAACAUACAAGAACUGA